GUUGAUGGAGUUCAUAUUUGUUCAUAUUGUAAAGGUGUUUACGCGGCUUCGCGACAAAAUCCAAUUUUAAAAAUAAGAAAAUCAAUCCAUAAUAGUUGAAGUGUUGCCCGGGCAAAAGUUAGUGUUGUGGACAUUUAUCCUGGCAUUCCAUAAUUUCGCACACUGGAUAUAAUGAGUGAAUGCGACAAUCCAGACGAACACUGCGAGACGUCCAGGGUACGCGAAGAAAAAGCAAUGGGUGACGUGCAUGAUGAGCACACCGAGGAUGAUUCUUACCGUGAAAGUCCUAGCCCGGAAUGUCCAAGACAGGAAGCCGACGGUGCUCCAGAAUCCUCCGGUGAUGAACCUUCACCCAUUGACACUCCCUCAUCUGAUUCAGUGGAGUUACAGAUCGCAGAAAACUGUGAAAGUUUAAACAACACAACCAUGCAAGAAAGGAACGGUAUAGAGAGCAUCGAAGCUUUAGCUGAAGAUUGCAAGGAUUCAUCUGAAACUUCUUCUGAUGAUGCAUUCAUUCUUCCUCUUCGUGCUAGAGAUCCUUGCAGGUGUGAGAUGUGCAGAGUAAAAAGGAGGAUACUUAUGGAAGAAAUGGAGAGAGCAUUAAGGUUAAACAGCCUUUGGACGGAUUUGCGAAAGCACAUACAUUCUGUCUUUCACGCGGCCAUGACUGCUUCCAGUGUCCCUAAUUCUCUUCCAUCUCCAAGCGACUCCUCUCGUCAAAGCAAUUUGCAAAACACUGUUGUACAAUUAUGUAAGAGCGACCCUCAUCAACUUUCUAUGAGAUUGGUUAGUCAAGCGCAAGAGUUCGUAGUGGAAGUGAAGGUUCAACUCUUAACUCUCCUUCACAAUCAGAGGAUUAAUCAUUUAGCAGAAAUUUUCUUAACAAGAAUGUUAGAUGGGUACGAUGCACUAAUAUCGACCGCUCUACAAAUUUCGGAAUUGGUCAAGCCUGUAGAAACGGAAUACUUUCAGAAAUUUAAUUUAACGUGGGAGUCUUUUAAUAAAAAACUAUAUCAGGACUAUGUAUAUACCGAUCCUUUAAUUCAGAACAAACUUCCACCCUUUAUUGGACAGUUACGGAAACUGCUGCCUCUAAAGGGUCCAGAAUACCAGGGCCUCGUUCAUAGGUACCUCGCAUUUGACGAUGAAAUGACCAGGAUUGUUAAUCUGUGGCCGGAAGCUGUGCAGUUGAUCGAUAAGCACAAUAUGGAACAAGCUGCUCGAAUAGUAAAACUGCGAAGGUUCAGAGAGGGUUGGGAGACGUUUACAACGUGGUGGAAACAAGUACAGCAGCAGGAGACGUACAAAAGACACGAAAGGUUACAGGAAGCCAACAAUCAGUUAGGAAAGGAAUCUCAGGAAGGAGUUGUCGCGAAUGGUUCUAACGGUAGAGUUCCAAGUCCUGUAUGUCUUUUAGACACACUCAGUAUUCCCCCGAAGCACGACAUCGCACAAUUUUUACUCGAUGCUAAAACGUCACACCAAAGGCUAGUUGAUGUUUUAAAAUCGAUAAUUGUGUCAAAGGAUCAUUUGACAGUCAAGGAUUAUGGCAUAAAUAUGCCUAAUCAUCCAAACAUGAAUGAUCUUGAGUUUCAAUGUGGAUACGAGUGCGCGUCAACACUCAUUCAAUCUUUCGCUACGUUGAUAGCGAACAGGCGGAACAAAGGCAAGUGCAGUGAAAAUCAUUCAGACACUUCACUGGUCAUCGACGAAGAAAACUGUACUUACUGCACCUUGUCCCCUCUCUUAAAUUCCAACCUUUUCAUGGUAAAAGAGCUCUCCAUGGAAGAGGAAUCUUCACAUUCUAAAGACAAACUUUUUCCACCCUUCAACAAUGACAUUGCAGGAAUGGCGAAGCGUAUAGCGUCGAAUUUUUCGGCGAUCAAGGACCUUUACAAUCAGGUGAGCUCUGCGAUGCCUUGCGAGUGUCCAGAAGUUGUGACACCUCAAGCGGAGUGGACCAAUCCGAAUCUGAAUGCAAUUGACGAACCGAAAUUAUUAGAGUGCGAAACUGAGUCGGCUCAACCAAAGGAAAGUAGAUCGAAUUGUGUCGCAGAGGAUGUAGACUUUAGGAAACUCGACUUCCAGUCGUGUCCCUGCGUUUAUCAGCAUACCAAAGACAUCGCAGAGAAAAGGAAAGAAGUGGACAAUCCGCCCUGUCCGUGUUUGCUAAAUUCCAAACGAAAACUAGACACGUGUCCCUGUUUGAAAAAUACGUGGGUAUCAGCUCCUUCAGAUGGAACGUCGAACGGUCAUUCCGAAGUGCAACCACCGGCGACAGUUCAUCCGAAGUCUGAUCAAGAGCCACCUAAACCUGUGAUGAAAACUAGUUGCACGAAUUCUGCUCAAACCCAGACGAGGCAUUCGACGACUCAAACGAGAAACACGCCUCACCAUCAUAAUCGUACUGCUCGCCAGGGUUCUACACAUUCUCAAGAUGUCAAGACUGCAGCUUCUGUUCACAAAGCUCACAGCCACGGCAAUCAGUCUUCCGUCGCAUGUCACAAACAGCACGUCGUGGAACACAUUAAAAGAGUAUCUUGCAGCGACUUAAGCCCCGGUGAUGGAGAUUGUUCAGAUUCAGGAAGCAGUCACGAGGAUUCUUGUUCGACAAGUAGCUCAUCUCCCCGGGAUUCCAAUCGACAUUGCGAUUGUUGUUACUGCGAGGUUUUUGGUCACGGAGUUCCUUCCGUAGCGCCUGUUAGUCGUAACUACAACGAAAUGAGAGAUAGAUUGAGACAGUUGUUGACAAAGAAAAAGGCUACAAAGUGUAAAGCUGCGUGUAGCCCUCCGAAAAGUCCCGCUGAGUCGUUACCGUCGAAUGCGAAUUCCGAAUCGAAGACGCCGACGUCGUCAAGUCAUUCGGCACCGAGGUCAAAUACACCUUUAUCCACAGCGUCUACUGUUCUGCUGGAUAAUAGAGAUCAAAGAGAUUUAGAUUCCCUACUAGAAUUUAUAGAAGGCGGACAAAAUGGAAAGAGAGACAAUAAAAAGGCUGAAAAGAAGGCGCGGCAGAAACAACGAAAGAUUGAAGACAAACUCAAACAAGAAAGACUCGAAGAGGAACGGCAGAAGUUGAUAGAAAUUCGAAAAAAGACGCCGGAAGUGACUAUCACUGUUGUCGAUCCUCAAAGACCUAUGCCUCACAGGCUGCAGUCUCAUCGGAACUUGCCCGAGGUUUCGAUCCUCCCAGCAUCCUCGCCUAUCGUGUUAACCGCUUUAAAGCAGUGUAAUAUUAAGAAUAAGAAAAAAGACAAGUACGAAGCUCCCAGUAACAUAAGUGUCUCUAGUAAGAGCAACGCCAAGACGAAAGGUGUCGCUCAUACGAAUCAAAAAAUUAAAGGUCCAGUCUCUGUCGACCGGGUCGAUGGAGUUUUCAGUUCGAAUCAGAGCUCAAAAAAUAGUAUUAAGACAGAGAAAGUAAGCAAUAAUAAGGUGAAUAAGGCACAGAAUAAGUCGGGUGGUAAAAAGGGCGGCAAAGUGGCUGCACCUCCUCCAGCUCCUCCGACUCCUCCUCCGCCAGAGCCGAUAGCCAUAGAUGAAUCCUUGUUAACUAAGAAGGAAAGGAAAAAAUUGAGAAGAGAAAGGCGGAAACUGGAAGAGGCUAAGCAAGAGACUGAUAACCAUCUGCAGAUUGUGACGAUCAAGAGGGUUAUGGAGUCGAGUAGUGCCGAGCCUACUGUAACAAUAACGCUCAAAGGCCAAACACCCGCGCAGGAUAAGGUAUUGUUUACUCUAGUGAAUGGCCAAACUAAAGAAUCCACCAAGUCCGACCAAGGUCAGAGUGGUGGCGGAAAGAAAAAGAAGAACAAAGGUAAAAAUAAUAACAACAGCAAUACUAACAACAGCAGCAACAAUAACAAUAGUAACAAUAACAGCAAUAGUAACAAUACGAACAAUAGCAAGGUUAAUAACAGCAACCAGACGCAGCAGAAUAACAAACUGCAACAAUCUAAUGUAAAACAGCAACAGCAGGCGAAGGGAAAUGAUAAUAAGAAUGUAAAACAACAAACGGGAAAUGAAAAGACCAAGAGUGGUAAACAAGUUGAACCUCUCAAGUUGCAACAGCAGGCUUCAGUAGAAACAAAAGCUACGAAAUCGAAAAAGGAUAAGAAGAAUACCGAAAAUAAAGAGAAUGUUUCGCAGCAGCAGAAUAGUUCGAACAAGAAUAAGAAUCAACAGCAGAAUCAGCAACAGAAUCUCACCAGCAAAAAACAAAAUAAAGUUAAUUCAUCUUCUCAAAUACAAUUGGUUCAAAAGCAGACCAGUCUUAAUAACGCAGUGGUUGAUAAGAAGACAAAGACACAGCAGCAGCAACAUCAACAGCAGCAACAGCAGCAGCAGCAAAAUAAGAAUAAUCAAACGAAUGCCAAAAAGAACAAUAAGAAUGUUAAUAGCAGUGGUAAUAACAAUGGUAAUAACAAUACGAACAACAAUGCAAAUAAUAAGUCGAACACGAAUAAGACUGAUAAUAAGAAAAAUCAAAGUAAAGUGCAGCAGAAUUCAGGUAAUAAACAACAGAGGCCGCUAACUGCUGAUGUUCAGAGUGGUAUUAAUGAACGCGUGAGUUCACCAUUUAGUAGUCAAUUUAAAGACAUUAGUGCAAGUUCUAAAAUCAAUAUUGAGAAUCUCAAGCUACCGCCGGGCAUCACGAUAACGAAAGUGGACACUCCUGCAAGAUCUCUUCCAGUUAAAACGACACCGAAGCCUAAACCGCCGAACCCACCGAAGCAGACGACGAUCAUCGCCGCCCCAAUGAACAGUGCUCAGUCUGCUUAUGCCAAUCAGCAGAAUGGCGGUAAUGUCAUUGUCGUUGACACUGGAAAGCUUAAGCAAGAUCUUAUGCCAAAGUCGACUGAUAAAGAUGCGUCAAAGGAAAACCAAAGUGGAAAGAAGAAAAAGAAGAAGAAGAAGAAUAAAAACAGCGUUGCCCAAAAUGGCCCCUCAUCAACGCAUGUGCUCAUAUCUCAAAACAAGGAUCACAGUGAGGAUACGGCUAGAAUACUGCACAAUCCACAAACAAACAUGGUGACUAUCAGGAAUCCAGCUUUCGGUCCGCCAAAAAUGGAAGCAGCUUCACAGCAAGCAGCCAUCAUCAAGGUGUCUGAGAAUGGGAUGGUCACCAUCAGGAGUCCAGCUCUGCAACAGGCUAUCAAUGCCGGAUUGACGCCUCCACCAAAGCCAGACUUUAUCAUCAAGGGCGACUUGACUGGUGGAAAGUCGAGCCCAAACAAUUCCAAUCCAAAGCACACCAAUGGCAUUAUUCCCUCGAGUCUGGCCGAGCUGCGAAGCAGACUCACGCCGGAUUGCACGAGUUUGAGCGACCUUGCCAACAUACAAAUCAGCAAGGUGACGAGCGGUCAGCCGAUACCCGAGAACGGGAUUAAUAUUAAAGGAACGAGCGUGACCUUGACGAAGGUGAGGAAUCCGGAUCCGAUGAUAGACGAGGUUCAGCAGGCGAAGACAGCGGUGAGGGAGGCGAUAAAUGCAUCGAUGGCGGCGGCCGUUUCCAGCAGCGGGGGUGGCGGCGGCGGCAAGGGGAAGAAAAAGAAAAAGCGCGGAAAUGGCGCGAGGCAAAGCGGGGAUGACUGGAACCUCGUUGAGAGCGUAUUCACGCCAAAAGAUAUAGACCUCGAGGAUGGCGAUAUGGACGACGCGGAACGUGAACUGGAGGCCUUUAAGCGGUUCUGCUUGCAGUCGGUGCCGCCCCCACGAAAGGAGAAGGUGAAUCUAAACAUCAAGGACAUCGUCCUCAAGAAGAAGUCGUCUUCAUCGUCAACGGCGGCCGCGAUAGCAGCGAAUUAGCUGUCGCUUGAAGCAUUCCCCUCGUCUCCCUUGACCCUGUCCGACUCAUCUAGUACUGCCAUGAAUCCGGUGCAGAGGCUGUACAGCCAGCUUCUCAAUAAUGGCAGUAAGAAAGUGUCGCCCAGGGUGAAUCGUCUCGGCCGUUUCUGGAAUUGGCCGGUGCGAUUUGAAACACUUGGAAGGAUCAGUAGACGAAACGACUUUAGGAAAAUAAUGGGCAGAGCGACUUGAGGCAAAAGGUCUCGUGAAGAAGCUCGUUUCUGCCGUGCCCUUGUUCCGCGUCGAUUGUUGAACGUGAUUUUUUCAGGCAUUCGGCAGGAUGAAGCUUUUUCUCAACGAGCUUUUUAGGUAUAUAUAUAAUGUAUAUGUAUGUAUCUACGUGUUGUAGGGAAAAAGAAAAGUGAUUAGGAGGCUGAUUUGCGGAGUGCGCACGAUCCCGGUUGGGGCUCGAGUGAAUUAUUGCUCACUCUGCUUUUUGCUCGCGCAUGCAGUCAUACUAAUUUUUCUAUUCCAAACAAAGUCAACGUACACUUUUUACGCGUUUAGUGUGUCACCGUUGUGUCCAUGAAUUUUUUUUUUUUUUUUUUUUUUUUUGAUUAUUUGCGUAAAAUGUUACACUUGUUGAUAUUUUCUACAAAGUCUUGACACUUGACAGUCAAGCGAUACCUCGAUAAUCUCGUGUUCAGCCUGUCCGCGUUUUUGUUGCGAUUAGAUUAGAUAAAAUAUUCGAAUCGUGGAAAUGGUGAGCCUCUGAGUGAUGGCGAUUUUCCUAUUAAUUGUUAUUACUGUAUACGAAUGGAUUAGGUGAUUGAUAACGUCGGCUUGGACGCACUCGAAUUUUUUUUACGGUGAUUUUAAUGAAUGAAUCGUCACUUGUAUAUACUGCACACGUAUUAUUUGCAGGAGAAAUAUUGUCUUAUUAAGCGCGACAAGAUCGAUUAAGGUCCCUGUAAUGGACCUCUUUUACGAGUUCUCUGUGUAAAGAACUCGUACACUUGUUGGCAUUUCAUUAUAGGUCAUAGAGUAUUCUAGAGAUACUGUAUUUGUAGAAUAGCUUUUCAU